AUGCUAGAGGCUCUCAAUAGAGAUGCCCAAAAUGCUACUAUCGCCAAGUUCAUUCCAAAUGAACUUGACGCCGAACGCGAGAAAGUAGCCUUGCUUCACCAACAAGGUUCUCAACAAGCAGAGUUGUUGAGAGAACAGGGUGUUCAACAGUUUGCACUGUUGAGACAGCAGCAGGCUGCUGCUAGUGGGUCGAUGCACUCGCGUCGACCCGAGACUUUGAAGAUUGACAUCUCAUAG